AUGCUGAUAGCUCACAACGAGUGGAGUUCAGUUGAUCUCACCUGUAUGGCAAUUCAACAAAGUCUUUGCCGAAAUGCUUUGCGUCAAUUAGUCACACUCGGCGAGAAGUCGCACACACGACUGGCCCCUUUGCUUCGACGUACUGUGUGUCAAAAAUGUCACACUUUGCUGGCCUGUCCAAAAGGAACGAAACUGCGAUUCCGAUCACAGAGGAUGCGUUGCUGGUGCGCAUUCUGUGGUACCACACAGACGACCAUUGUGGAUAAAAAUCGGGCUUGGAAUCCGAGCUAUCCAGAACUGUUUUUGGCGGCUUCUUCGGAAGAAGAUUGCAGGGGCGACAAAAGUGAUCAAAAUUAG